GAACAUUUCAAUACCUCGUUUUUAAUUAAAAGAAUGCACACUAUAUAGUUAGCUUUAAUUAAAGUAAUAAUAAUAAUAAUAAUAAUAAUAAUAAUGAGUCAUAUCAAAUUUCGCGCGCUACGACCGCCAUUGACUUUAAAAGGCGCGAAAAUGCAUCUGUCAACGAAAAAUGCUCGACGUUGUUUUGAAAGCCGGUCUUCACGUUACACAAAGAAUUUCCAACUUUUAUACACUUUCGCAUCAGCAUCGCAUCGCGGAGUAUCGUUUUCCACAUUGUUGACGAAAAAAUCGUUCGAUUGAGUCAGCGCAACAGUCGCUAGACAACAGAGCGUAACAAUGGAAACAAAAACACGCUGUGUUGUCUAGACCCUAACCUCGGAAAGAAGCGACUCGGGCUGUUGAUACAAACAAUUGAGAUUAUCUUGUAUACUUAUACCCUUGUGUUUUUUGCGUUUGUGUAAAAAAUGGAAAGCUCGUCGGAAUCGCAGCCUAUGGAUAAUGUCGAGCACGAAGAAGAGGAGGAUUCCGGAGAAAACGUCGAUAUCGCGGAGGCUGAUUCAACGAAUAUCUAUCAGAUUAGUCCCAAGCUGGAUGAAAAGUUCAAACCGUUAAGCGCUAAGGAGGUUAUACACAAUGUACUUUUCGAUUACUUAUCCACCAAAGAGUACAUCAAAGAUGAUGCACCAACGUGGACCAAAGAGAUUGCAGACAUCAUCAGGGAUAAGAUAAAAAAGUUGGAAUUCAAAAAGUAUAAAUACAUGGUCAACAUUGUGCUCGGUCAGAAAAAUGGGGCUGGCUUGAAAAUGGGUACUCGAUGCAUCUGGGAUGCUGAAACUGACUGCUAUGCCCACGACUGUUUCACGAAUGAUUCGUUGUUCUGUGUUGCUGCAGUCUACGCUGUCUACCACUAUUAGAAAUAUUCUUGUCAAUACCAUUGAAAGACCAAGGAUCAUUGUAAAUAGUACAAUAGAAAAAUUAGUGUAAAGUAAGUGGUAAUAUUAUUUAUUGUAAUUUUAUAAUUAUGUACAUUAUUGUAUAACCUUACAUAAGAUAACAUUUCCGUCAUUGUGCCUUAAGAUUGUACUUUUAAUUAACGUCAUUUUAUUGCAUAAUAUGACAUAGUUAUUGUCAGUAUAGCACCACAAAUAAAUUAUUAAAUAUUUUAUUAAAAAAGUUAUGGUACG